GUCAACAUUAAACGCGCAACAUGUAUACAAUUAAAUGAACCAUAGUUAAUGCAUAUAUAUAAUAUCUCGAUAGUAUUAUGUUAAGUAGAUGCUCGGGAAUUCGGGACCUCCUCUUGGAGCCAAUCCAUAUCCACACGGAUAAUCCAAGUGAGGUGGUGGAGGAAGAGUCAUGAUUCAUGACUUAUGCAGAAGCUUCAACCAUGGAUGUAUAUAUGCGUGCACAUUUAGUAUUGGGAAGCAAUAAUCCAUAUUUUGCCUAUAGCUUUGGGAUGGCCGACGAUAAUGAAAGCUCAAGCUCAUUUCCAAUUGGGGAAACUGCACAAGAGAAGGGGCUAUCCUAUGUCCCAAAGUGUUACAUGAUGCCACCUUCACAACGGCCUAGUUUGAAGUCCGAGUUUGCAAAUGUCCCAAUGGUUGAUUUGGCUGGUAUGAAUGAUGAUAAUCCCCUACAAAGAUCAAUAAUCAUCCAAGACAUUGCUAAUGCUUGUCGCCGCAAUGGUUUCUUUCACGUUAUCAACCACGGAAUAUCCCAGGCUAUACUAGAUGGAGCACUUUCAGCCGCCUUUGGUUUCUUCGACCUGGCUACUGAGGACAAAGAAAAAAUUAUGUCGAAUGAUGUGUACAAGCCUGUUCGAUAUGGCACGAGUUUGAAGGAUGGUGAAGACAAGGUUCAAUUCUGGAGGGUCUUCCUCAAGCACUAUGCAAAUCCUCUUAUUGAUUGGAUUAAACUGUGGCCUGAAAAUCCACCAGACUACAGGGAAAAGAUGGGGAAAUAUACAGAGGAAGUACAAAAGUUAGCCAUUAAGAUCAUGGGCAUAAUCACUGAAGGCCUAGGACUUGGUCCAACAUAUCUAAGCCAAAAUUUUCAAGAUGGAGUGAAUGUAAUUGCUGUCAAUUGUUAUCCUCCAUGUCCACAACCAGGCCUUGCACUUGGUCUCCCCCCACAUUCAGAUUACAGUAUCCUAACCAUUGUCCUUCAAAGCUCAGCAGGAUUAGAAAUUUUAGAUAUACAAAAUAAUGAAUGGAGGGCAGUUCAAGAUCUUCAGGGUACAUUACAAGUCCAUGUAGGUGACCAUCUUGAAGUACUAAGUAAUGGCUUGUAUAAAAGUGUGGUACACAGAGUUACUUUAAACUCUCAAAAGACAAGAAUUUCAGUUUCUAGUUUGCAUAGUUUGGGAAUGGAUGAGAAGAUGGAGACAGCUAAAGAGUUAGAGGAUGAAGAAUAUCCAAAGAGGUAUAAAGAAAGCAGCUUCUCAGAUUUUCUCAAAUUUCUGCAUGAGAAUGAUAUUGGACAAGGGAGUAGCUUCCUCAUGACGCUCAAGAACAACUAGUAUCUUGGAUUGAAGAGGUCUUGGACUAGUAAAAAACAGAGCAAUGGUUUGUAUAAUGAGUUUAAUUAGUUUUUCUUUCACUAGUUUGGCUUUAAGUUCCUUGACUCUAUAUCAAGAUCAUCUUUGUUUGUUUGUUUUAGCUUUUUCCGAAACCUGAGAAGCUGCUUUCUUUAAACCACAAUGACAUUGGUGCGAGUUUAAUGUGAGUCCAAUUCCCGCUGCUA